AAGUGCAACACGUAAUAUUUCCUUCACACUGGAUGCAUAUAACAGAAUACAAGACCUGAAAUAUGUUUUUGUUGUUGUGCUGGGUUUACUUUACCCAAUCAUCAUCAUUGCUAAUGGACUGAUUAUCUGUAUAGUAUGUCUUGAAAGAAAACUACAUAAGCCAAUGUACUUGUUUAUCUGCAAUUUAGCUUGUAUAAAUGUAUACGGUGGCACAGCAGUUUCACCUUUUAUCAUAGCUACAUUCUUGACAGAACACUAUCACAUAACAUGGUUUUCUUGUCUUGUGCAAAUCUACUUUAUAUAUACCUAUGGUGGUUGUGACAUAACAAACCUAACAGUAAUGGCUUAUGAUCGGUAUAUUUCUAUAUGCUAUCCUUUAAAGUAUGACAAAAUAGUAACCCCUACAAAAGUGAUUUUGGGUAUUGUACUAACUUGGCUUAUGCCCUUUUUCAGAGUGACCAUCACUCUCUCACUUACAGCAAACUUUGACAUUUGUGGAGUCAUCAUUGAAAAAGUAUACUGUGAUAAUUACUCGAUAGUGAAACUAGCAUGCACUGAUAUUUUAUAUUACAACAUAUAUAGCUCAACAAUGAUUGCCUUUGGGGUUGUACUCCCAUUUUUUAUAAUUAUCUACUCUUAUGUAAAAAUCACUUUAAUCUGUUUGAAACUGCCAAAAAGAGGACGAGUCAAACUCUUUAGCACGUGUGUCCCACAUCUAAUUGCAUUAUUCAACUUUAUUAUUGGGAUUUCCUUUGAACUUUUGCAAAGCCGAUUUGAUAUGAGACAUGUGCCCUACAUUAUUCGUGUAAUACUAUCUUUGUAUUUCCUUAUUUUUACCCCAUUAAUAAACCCAAUCAUUUAUGGGUUGAGAAAGCAUGCAAUAAAGGAAGCUAUAAUGAGAAAACUUUGUCAUACGUUUUACCAAAGGCAAACUGUGUAA